UAAAUAUAGUGUGCAAAAUCAACACUGUCACAUAUGUAAACUAUGGGAUUCAACUCUUUCAAAUGUAGUAUCAUGGUAGUAAAUGUUUCAUUUUAAUGGAUGGAUUCAAAUUAGUUGUGUGUUUUAAGAAUGCCAUAAAGUUUGCAAAAUUUAUGGUAUCUUGCUUUUAAAUCCGUUAACAAGGUUGUUAAAAUACAAGCAUAUAUGCAUCCAUUUGAUAUAUCGUCGUGUUAAAAUGUUCAAAUCUUGAAAAUUUCUACUGAUAGUCAUGAAAAUAAGAAAUUGGAUUACAUUGCGUUAUGUUCAACGCUUUGUCCAGUGGAUAUGGUUACUUUACAGUAUCUCUAAACUUACAUUUCGUUCAUUACUCUAUAAUGAAUUUGCAGACAGAUAUUAUGUGGGGGAUACUCUUAUGGAACCAAUGUUAUGGUUUGUGGAUCAUUUUACAAAAAUUUUAGGACCUGUUUGUGUCACCGGUGUCAUACUGCUCUCAUCAUCCAUUAUUACUAUUGCGUAUGCAAUUGGCCUUCCAUUCUACAUGAAGCAGAACAUUUGUGUUUUAGUUCUUGCUUUAAUUAUUGGGCACUGGCUACUCAUAAACGUAGUAUUUUAUUAUUAUAUGGCUUAUACUACAGAACCAGGUUAUCCACCUCAGGGUGCGAUGAUCACUGAAGCUGUUUCAAUUUGUAAAAGAUGUAUUGCUCCUAAACCUCCUAGAACACAUCACUGUAUUGUAUGUAAUCGAUGCAUACUAAAAAUGGAUCAUCAUUGUCCAUGGUUGAAUAAUUGUGUUGGACAUUUCAAUCAUAGAUAUUUCUUCAUGUUCUGUAUCUAUUCAUGGGUUGGCAUUGUCUUUGUGAUAAUUUUUGGCAUUCCUAUAGCAUAUGAUCAUUUCUUUGGGAGUUCUGAGAAUAACAGCUUUUCACCAAUACUGAUAAACUUAGCUAAGGAUAUUGCUAAACAUGUAAUCUUUAAAACUCAUCUGUUACAGAAAGAUGAUGUUCAUUACCAGAAUGUUCCAUCAAACUCCACAAAUUUGACAAAUAAAUGGCCUGACACAUUAUAUCACUCCUGCAUUGUGUAUGCUGCUCUUAUAUGUGUUGCUGUUUUCUUCAUACUUGGAGGUCUGUUGGCAUGGCAUUCGCGUCUGAUAACCAAUGGUGAAACAAGUAUUGAGGGUCACAUUAAUAAAAAGGAAAGAGAGAGAUUCUUAAAAGAAGGUCAGAUAUACAAGAAUCCAUAUGAUUUUGGACCAACCAAAAACUGGAAGAUAUUUUUAUGCAUUGGAUAUCACAGGCCAUGGUGGUACCUUUUUUUACCAUUUGUUCAGGAGCCAUAUGGUGAUGGUAUACAAUGGAAUAUGAUAAGUAAUAUCCAGUGGAAUGAUAUAAGUACAAAAAAAGAUGCAUCUAAAACUUGUUCCAUUAAAAUGUCCUGAUGUGUAUUUUUGUUUACUUCUUUUUAUAUAAAUAUUUACAAAGCCAGUUUAGAAUUAAAUUCUGUUUAUGUGAUACAAAAUGUUCAUAUGUUUUAAAAUUAAUUAUCAAGCCCAAAUUAUCAUAUACUUCAUAUUAAUUGUUUUUAUGGAGACCACACAUCCUUUGUGUAGAUCUCUUCCUUAAAUUUAUGUAGAUAUCAAAAUUUUUUUAAAAAAUUACCCCUUCCAUUUAAAGACGUUUAUCCCAAGGUAGCAUUAAUGAAAAGAUUAACUAUUUAUUUAAAGAUUAUGUACUUUGUAUAUAAUGUAUUAUAAGUAUUCUGAAAAUACAUGCUCUGGUUUGUAAACUCAGAUGUUGUAUUAAUAAAAUUAAAUAAUUUUCAUUUUUAAA